AUGCCUCCAAUACCACCACGCAAGCCAAUCAACUCUUCUGUUCCAGCUACAUAUCAAUCCCCUCCUCAACCUUCACUCCCAUCGUCUUCCUCAGGACCUUACAUGCAGAGACCAUCAGCUUCAGCUUCAGGACCAUGGCUGGGCCCAGAUCCAAGAUCUUCCUCUACUCAAUCUCUCCUCCCAGAUGACUCUCUAGACAACAACUACACACCCAACGGUGAUUUUCUGGGUCGUCGAAAACUGCUUAUCAUUUAUAUUCAUGGAUUCCUGGGUAAUGACCAGUCAUUUCGAUCAUUCCCUGCUCAUGUCCAUGCCCUCUUGGCCAAUCUUCUUGCCGACUCCCAUGUUAUUCACUCCAAGAUUUAUCCACGCUACAAGACUUAUCGUUCUGUAGACGUUGCUCGAGAUAACUUCAGUGAGUGGCUUCGUCCUCAUGAGUCGCCCACCACGGACGUCAUUCUAGUUGGGCACUCUAUGGGCGGUAUCUUGGCUGCUGAUAUUGUCCUUAUGCCCAACCCAGAUCCGCAAGGCGCUUACCCUUUGAAGCACAGAAUCAUUGGCCAUGUAUCUCUGGAUUGCCCGUUCAUCGGCCUCCAUCCAGGCAUCGUUGUGUCUGGUAUAUCGAGCUUAUUCAAGCCAGCACCUACACCACCCCAGGAUGACAGUCAAGAGAGUGCCAGUGGUGCGCCUCCUUACAGCCCCGAGACCUUAAGCCUAGCAGACCCCAGUGUCUCCUCGCUACAACUGAUCAACUCUCAGAGCUCUGGUCUCGGGUCAUCAACCAGCCUUCCCUCAGUAGCAUCCUCAUCUCGGCCUCCACGAGAUCCUCUCCAAAACCAGCCCUUCUUCAACCAACCGUUCUUCAACGAUUCGGCCCUGCAAGAACGUCCCUUUGUUCAAAGGAUGGUCCAUUUCGCCAACAAGUAUCGUAACGAGAAUCUCAUCCAAGCUGCUGCCAGACAUAUCUUCUCAUACCUUGAGUUUGGUAGCUGUCUUGCUGAUCCUGCAGGACUUGAAGCACGAUACCGCAAUAUUCGUGCUCUUGAGGACAUUGAUGAUCUUCAGUCAGGAGACAUAAAGCCAGCAUCGUCACGACGCAUGGCCAGGGUACGAUUUGUCAACUAUUACACUCUAUGUACAGGGCGCCCUAAAACACCAAAAGGGACCCCCAAGGUGGGCAGCCCUUCAGUCGAAAAAGAGAACACAAAUUCUCUUGAAGCAAGCCUUGAUCGGCCGCAAAGCUCGGCAUCCUCUUCGUCUGUGGAGUCAGAAUUUUCGCCAAAUAAGGUGAACGCCAGGGACGCCAGCCCGAUGCCGAGCAUCACUUUAGAACAUCGUGAUACGAUGGGCAACUCGAGAGAUCAUAAAACAUUACUUGAUGCAGAUGCUCAGACUUUGAACGCCCGGGCAUCAGAUACUACAAUCAAGCGCAAUUCGUUUGGCGAAGACGAAUCAGUUGCCUCUGACAUGAAUCGACUGUCAAUGCACAGCAUAGAGCCAACCCCUAUCGAGGAGGACAUCGCUUCUCCCCCACCUCAAGAAACUGCUGCUACAACUCAAGAUCAAAAUCCUAUUGCUUCUGUAGAAUCAAAUAAUGCAGAACCCCAGAAAGUAGAUGCUGAUCUUCCUCCUCUGCCUGACGCCCCUACAGCCCCUGAACUCCCUGAUCCGAGUGUAUAUACCGACAAGGAUGAGCGCAAGCAAGUCGAGCGCGAGGUUAAGCGUCUCCGUCGUGCCCACGAGAACGCCGUUAAAGACCACGCCAAAGCCGUAAAAGAGCGUGAGAAGCUUGUCGAGAAGCGGCAGAAGCGUAUCCAGAAGGAGUCAGAAAAGGCAAUCAAGGAAGCUGCUCGGCAAGAGAAGGAAGCAUUGAAGGAGUCUCAGCGGAAAGAGAAAGAGGCUGAGAAGGAGCAGCAGCGCCGGGCUUCUGAACGCGAGAAGCAGGCUCAGAAGGAGCUAGAAGACGAUGAAGAUUAUCAGCAGUUCAAAGUAGAGGAAGAAGAAAGCCAACGAACAGCAGAAGCCGAAGCUGUCGCGGAGGCCCGCAAUAACAAGCCACGAAAGCUGCGCAAGUUUUGCAACUUGCCUACUAAAGGCGGCAGGGUUGAGGACCCCACAUGGGUCGAUAUAUACAUGGCCGACGUGGAUGAGGUUGGUGCACAUUGCGGCCUGUUCUUCUCAGGGCCGCAUUACGAGAAGUUGGUUGGCGAUGUCGGUAACCGAAUCGUGGGUUGGGUGCAGGACGAUCUAACGAAGAGGGCGAUUCAGGAUAUGGGUGUGUGA